AUGAAUUUUAUGUAUCAGAGACCAGGAAUAGGCAAAAGGGCCUCUGAGGAGGAUGACUCGGAUGCCUGGUAGGGAGGAGCAGACGCUGACUAUGCGGAUGGGUGUGAAGCCAAAGUAGUAGAAGUAGCAGAAGAGGAGGAAGUAGCUGAUGUUGAGGAAGAAAAAGCUGAGGAUGACGAGGACGAUGAGGAUGGUGAUGAGGUGGAGGAAGAGGCUGAAGAGCCCUCCGAAGAGGCCACAGAGAGAACCACCAGCAUUGCCACCACCUCCACCACCACCGCUGAGUCAGUGGAAGAGGUGGUUAGAGAGGUGUGCUCAGAGCAAGCAGACGGGCCUGGCAGAGCAAUGAUCUCCCGCUGGUACUUUGAUGUGACCGAAGGGAAGGUGCCCCCCUUCUUUUACGGCGGAUGCGGCGGCAACAGAAACGACUUUGACACUGAAGAAUACUGCAUGGUGGUCUGUGGCAGCGUCAUGUCCCAACAUUUACUCAAGGCUACCCAGGAACCUCUUCCCCAAGAUGCUGUUAAACUUCCUACUACAGCAGCCAGCACCCCUGACGCCGUUGACAAGUAUCUGGAGACCCCUGGAGAUGAGAACGAACACGCCCACUUCCAGAAGGCCAAGGAGAGGCUUGAAGCCAAACACCGGGAGAGAAUGUCCCAGGUCAUGAGAGAAUGGGAAGAGGCAGAACGUCAAGCAAAGAACUUGCCCAAAGCUGAUAAGAAGGCAGUUAUCCAGCAUUUCCAGGAGAAAGUGGAGUCCCUGGAACAGGAAGCCGCCAAUGAGAGACAGCAGCUGGUGGAGACCCACAUGGCCAGAGUGGAAGCCAUGCUCAACAACCGCCGCCGCCUGGCUCUGGAGAACUACAUCACUGCCCUGCAGGCUGUUCCUCCCCGGCCCCACCAUGUAUUCAACAUGUUAAAAAAGUAUGUGCGCGCAGAGCAGAAAGACAGACAGCACACCCUAAAACACUUUGAACAUGUGCGCAUGGUGGAUCCGAAGAAAGCUGCUCAGAUCCGGUCCCAGGUGAUGGCACACCUGCGUGUGAUUUACGAACGGAUGAACCAGUCCCUGUCCCUGCUCUACAAUGUCCCGGCAGUCACCAAGGAGAUUCAGGAUGAAGUCGAUGAACUGCUUCAGAAAGAGCAAAAUUACUCCGAUGAUGUCCUGGCCAACAUGAUCAGCGAAACAAGAAUCAGUUACGGAAAUGAUGCACUUGUGCCAUCUUUGACUGAAACGAAAACCACUGUGGAGCUUCUUCCUGUGAAUGGGGAGUUCAGCCUGGAUGACCUCCAGCCCUGGCAUCCUUUUGGGGUUGAGCCUGUUGAUGCCCGCCCUGCUGCCGGCCGAGGACUGACUACCGGACCAGGCUCCGGGCUGACCAAUAUUAAGACGGAGGAGAUCUCAGAAGUGAAGACGGACACAGAAUUCCAACAUGAUUCAGGAUACGAAGUUCGUCAUCAAAAAUUGGUAUUCUUUGCUGAAGACGUGGGUUCAAACAAAGGUGCAAUCAUGGGACUCGUGGUGGGUGGUGUUGUCAUAGCAACCAUGAUUGUCAUCACCCUGGUGAUGCUGCAGAAGAAACAGUACACGUCCAUCCACCACGGUGUGGUAGAGGUGGACGCUGCCGUGACCCCAGAGGAGCGCCACCUCUCCAAAAUGCAGCAGAACGGCUAUGAAAAUCCAACUUACAAGUUCUUUGAGCAGAUGCAGAACUAGCCCCACCACCACAGCAGCCUCUGAAGUUGGACAGCCAAACCACUGCUUCACUGCCCAUCGACGUUUCUUCAUAGAGUAACGUGGAAACAAACAAUCCCUUCUGUUUUAUUAUUUACUCAUGAUCGCCUUCUCACAGCCGCGCUGUAACCCAAGUAGAUGCCUGAACUUGAAUUAAUAUACAAAUCAGUCCUGUAUUCUCUCUUUACAUUUUG